CUGUAUCUGCCAAGGUACGGAGAAAUAAAUAAAUGUAAAUGGUAUUCUGUUGGAGUCGAAGCACAGGCAGACUACACUGUGUUUGUGGUCAAUGAUUUGACAUGAGAAGGACAAAACCUAGGAGGGUUACGAAGCUCUGAGGCUAAAGUAUACAUCGGUCUGAAUAUCUCACUGAAGUUACAUGAAAUAUUAAUCGACUCAUUUAUGCUUUUUUCGCCUUCAUGGAUGGGCCCUGUAAGCGUCUUUUCAUGAAAUGACUUUUGACUGGAGGCCAUUAACAGAAGAAAGGAAGACUCCCUUUCUCGGAAGCUGCGCCAAUCUCGACGCUUUUAAUUUGGAAACGUGGCCUGGCGUUUUUUCAGGUCAAGACGAAGAUCCUAGGCCUAAAAGGACAGUAGAACAGCGAGUCGCAAUCGAAGUGGAGAAAAAGAAUUCUAAAGAAGCCGUAGAGAAUGGCAACAGCCAUUCCUUUUUAUUUUGGUGGCAGCAGAAAGAGGAAAUUACCCUCUUACCACCAGACGCUGAAAACAGAAGCGAAAAGGAAACGACGAAAAAGCUCGACUUGAAGGAUUUUAAGACAGGAGCAGAGGCAAAAGAUGAGUUAAAAUUCAACACUGUGAUGAUCCCACAUUCAGUACUAGAGUGUUCCAUCUGUCCAGAUGAUUUGUUCUCACUGGAACCCCCUUCUGCUUCAUUUGAAGGUCUGGAGGUUCAAGAUGACAUCUCUGUGAAAGAGGGAAUAAAUGAUGAAACAGCAGAAGUGAAAAUUGAAGAAGCUGGACAGUUUGUCAAAACUGAAUCAAAGCACAUAAAUAUUCCCAGAAGGCAAGCUGGUAAAAGAGUAAAAGGAAAUGCUAGGUCUAUCAUAGUGCCUGAUCUCUCUGCGGUGCACCACAAGCAGGUAGAGAAAACAUGCAAAACAGUCAAAGAUAGAAAACUAAGAAACAUCAGGAAAUGUGCUCCAAAACAGCCAUGUCUUUCCUUUGAAGAGAUCAUUGAAUCUAUCCUCCACAUAGCACCUGCACCAGCCAAGAGGAGAAGACCCAACUCCAACUUGAGUGAACCAAGAGACUCUCGAGUUCAUAGUGGAGAGAGCAGCAAUGGUACCAGUGAUGGCUGCAGUAGUAGCUCUGGAAGUGAUAGUGGUAGUUCUGGAAGUGAUAGUAGUAGUUCUGGUGGAAGCAGCAGUGGUGGUUGCUUUGGGGGAAAGGGAAAUGCUGAUAGAGAUGAAGGCAACGAAAAGGAGUAUCCACAGUGGUAUUUCCUAGGAAAACAAAAGACUGACACAGCAGGCAGAAAUGAAAGGAAAAGAUCUCUAGAUGAAGAGAAAAAUUGUCCAAGAGUAAAAAAAAUGAGGGAAAAUCUUACCACAGUGACUACAGAUCAAUCGGGCCUCCAGAUGUUCUUGUCAUCUAUCAUCGAUAAUGCAGAGCAAUUUUGCUGCUUUGGAGAGGAAGGAACCCACAUGACCACAAUUGGAAAGGUGAAAAAGGAGAUAGAGCAUGUGCUAUUUCAUGAAGAACUGCAGAGCUGUGAACAUUCUUCGAUCACACAGAAUGUUAUUGCACAGCAUACACAUUUUUGUUGUAGCCAAGGGUGUAGUGUUUUUGACUGUGAAAGCUUCAGGGGCAGUUGUGAAGAUAACAGAGAGCCUCUUUCUACGUCAGUGCCAGUGCUAGCACCACAGUUUAACAGGAAACCUCCUGUAGCUCCAGUCUUUGUAUCACCAACACCUCGUAUUGAUGGCAGAGUGAUAUUCCGAAAUUCAACAGACCUGCCAGAGAAAUUCUUCCUUGAAAACAAAGACUUCAUUAAGAUGAAAGAAAAGAAGCUCGGAAUAGGAAGCAAUGCAGAAGUUUUUGUCAUCUAUUUGACAAGGGACAAUAGGAAAAAGAUGGCUAUGAAAGAGACAAAGUACCACAUUGAAAGGGAGGAAGUAGAAGUGUACAAGAUGUUGGGCGAACAUCCUCACAUCAUCACACACUAUGGAGUAACAUUAAGAGAGAAUAAGGGACAUGCCAAUAUAUUCAUGGAGUUAUGUGAACAAUCACUUUUUGACUACAUGGACUCAAAAUUAAAGAGACGAUUGACUCUUCUGGAAGCCAUGUUUUACGCUAUUCAGAUUCUUGUCGCAGUGGUAUACUUACACAAUUUGAAAGUUCCAAUAGUUCAUAAGGAUAUCAAAGCCAAAAAUGUGGUGCUGACGGCAGAUGGUUCUCAGGCAAAACUUGCUGAUUUUGAUUCUGCAAGGAGAUUGCCUUCUGAAAUCACCAAAGCUGGUCUGAAAGCCCAAGGGACGAAAGGUUUUGCUUCUCCUGAGGUUUUGGAAGAGAAACCUCAUGGGAGAGCAGCUGAUAUCUAUAGCUUUGGAUGUUUUAUAAUUGAACUGAUGGUGGGAGGUCCAUCCAAAAGCUCCCUGCAUCAACAGAUUAAGAUGUUAAGGGAGCUGGAUCCUGAUCUAGGUCAGUUGGUAUUUGAUUGUACCAAGGAGAACCCAAAGGAGCGACCAACUGCCUGUGAAUUACUGCAGCUGCCAGUCAUUCAGAAGUAUGCUUCCAGUGUCCAUGGGGGACUUAGGUCACCUGAUUUACCUUUGAACAACAAUGAUGACUUGUACACUUAGACAUCACAAUGAGGAAUUUUGUUCCCUUUUUCAAACAUCAUCCCAUAGUUGCAAUGGAGUGAAGCAUUUCACAAUCACGUUUAAUACAAAUAACAGGAUAAUGGAUUUUCAGACCAUUUAAAAUGUAGUUAUUGUUAAAGAGAGGAGCAUGGCACAUCAUAUGAAUCAAGACAGAUGAUGUUCUAGAGGUUGAAAGUUACUUAAAAGGAAAUUCCUUUUAGUGUAUUACACAAUAUAUUUGUGGUAUUAGGAUUAAUAUUUUUAUCAAGCAUAAUAGUGUAGUAUUAGGAUUAAUAUUUUUAUCAAGCAUAAUUGCUUUAAAAGAAGCCUUAAGUGGAAGUGCACUCUGAUCUGACUGAUAUUCUAACUCAUCCCAUCUAGAGUUUAACUCAACAGUUGAACAUUAGAGAACAAAUCAAACCCAUGAGAUCAACAAUGAUGUUAAGACAUAACAGCAAUGUGUGGAUAAGAUACCAAAAGCCAUCAACAUAUAAGGAUUUUCUCUUUGCACCUCCUGAUUUUAAGUAUCUUGUUUUGUAGAUUGGUCAAUUCCUGUUUUAAUAUUAGAAUGGAAAUGGAUCUUUGUUUAGGAAAGAGGAAAUUAGGAUGUUGCUUAGUAAUCAUCUUUGGAAAUACUGAUUUGUUAGUUUGUGAUUAAAAGUGUGAAGUGCUAUGAAAUGGUGUGACUGGUGUGAUUCUUAGGUGAGAUAUUUAUUCUAAAACUUUUCUACCAUGGUUAAGAAAUUGAGAAUAGGCCAUUUUACAGUUGUGUACUUA